AUGCCGGGUAUCGUGAAGCAAACGUCGUCAUCACCGUCGCCGCCGCGUGCCCCCUCACCCCAGCGCACGAACACGGUCUGGCUUACUUCUCUACCUCCCCCAUUUUUCCAUCCUGUUGCUCUCGCUGCACUCAGAGACCAUUUUGAGAGUUAUGGCGAGAUUCACACGUGGGCGCCUAUAAGGUCGUUCGCUAGAAUCAUGGUCGUCUAUAUGGAUGAGGACGAGGCAGAAUCCGCGAAGAUCAACUGCGAUGGUUUGACUAUCGAGAAGACCUCUGAGACUGCGGAGUUUGUGUUGCGGGUAUUCCGCGGCGAUCCUACGCCAACAGUCGUAGACCCCAAGGGGCGAUAUCUUCAUCCCCCAGCUCUAGAGAAGAAUUUUCUUAUCUCCCCUCCCGGUUCUCCACCUGUCGGUUGGGAACCAAUCAAAGAGGACCCUCCGAACUCUGCGCCCCUUGCCGACGACCUCAUAGUUGCUCUUCGUAAUCUGCAGGUCGCCGAGCUUAGCCAUCUCCACGAUGACAGCCUUCAUGGCCACGUGGACAAUAAGGGUGUGGAAGUACUGCUGCACCCUGAAGAUGGCGCGGGUAUUGGUGUGUAUGUAGAGGAUUGUGAUGUGGAUGAGCAAGACGAGAUGGUGCAGGAGAAUGAUUGGGCGUAUGGGGAGGACAACCCCAAUAGGAUGCAGUGGAAACCUAUGCCGACAGCGAUGCCACCA